GCUAUUUAAACGCAACAAACCGCUCUGAGUGUUGUUUUAUACUCGAUCUCCAUAAUUCGACUACCCAAAACGAAGCUACCGGCGACAUGGAGCACAUAAACAGGAACAAAACACCCCUCACUCAAGAGCGGCUCAGGGAAUUGGUUUUCGAGGAAAUCAUGUCGCUUUUAGAAGAAGGCAAGAAGGACUUCGUUGAAUCUCAUAUCUUAAGUCGUCCAAUCCACGAGUAUGCUACGGAAUUGUCGCGGAGGUAUGCAGGACUUCCGUGUGAGCCCAGCCCUAGCGUUCCAGUCUCCCCAGCUCCAGGGAAAUGCAGAGUUCUAUCGCCUCUCGAAAAAGCCGAGAUUCAUCAGCAACAGUGCCAGCUUUGGGAACAGGUUUACCUCGAGCGUAAGAAAUUCGCUGAUAGCAUGCGGUCCGACUCUCGCCAGAUCGUGCUUCCCGCGAACUGCGCCGUCCGGAGCGCAAGACCUAUUCUAGACGACAAGCCGGGAGUAUUUCCGGGCGAGGCCUGGGAGAACAAGAGGGUGAAUCCUGGGUUUAUUCUCGGCCCGCUAUCGCAAUUCAAAGCAUCGCUGGCAAAAUCUCCAGUUACUGAAGUUGACGCCCCAGGUACAACGGAAACGAGAAGUGACGCCGUCGAGCCAGUAGAUGGCGGAUCUAAAACUAACGAUGAUGUGAUGGAAGUAGAAGGUGGGGAAGAGACAACGACAUCGUCUUAGAAUCUCUUACUAGUGUUCAUCAUCUACGUAGAGCCUCUCCUGGAAGCAUUUCAGUCUAGUAGCGUAUGAGAUUAUACCCCCUUUCUGAGAUAGUCAUAAUAAGGGAGCUGGCUUAUAAAUAUACGCUGCCAGCAGAUUAUCAUAGAU